AUGCAUUGCCUGCGAGAAGCCAUAAAUUGCCUAUAUGAACGUCACAGAGAUGAGGCGUUUCGAAAUGAGUGGAAUGAAUCGUCGAAGAGUGACUUCAUGAGGGUUUUCAGUUUCAUUAGAAGAAGACAACCUUUCAGAAACGCCAGAUUGAGAAUGUCUGAUGGUGGUAUACGCAAGGCGAGUGCUGCAAGUUCGAUGGCGACCUUCGACGAUGACGAUCCUGAAUAUGAAUGCUGCUGUGGUACGAUGCAUGUACGAGUGAGUGCCUGCAAUUCAACUUAA